AUACCAUAAUUUAGCAAGCAAACCGAGCUGCAGUUUGGGAGAGAAGCCGGCGGCAAUUGCAGAAAAUUCAAGGGGAAAUUCGGGAAAUCUACCCAAAAAUUGGAGAAACCAAAGUUAACCCAAGCCAAUUCAAGGAAGAACAAAGGAAUUAGGGGCUAUUCUUACCGAAAAAAUGCCCAGAAAUCACCCACAAUCAAGAGCAGCCGGCGGAAGGACAAAGCAGAGCAAGGCAGAUCCGGAUUUCUGCAGAGGGGAGGGGAUUUCUGGGUUCCAUUUAAGUCCUAGAGCAAGAAAAGAAGGCCAAAACCAAGCUUAUCUCACCGGUUUCUCAAAGGCAUGGCUGGAUUGGGUUGCUACAUUUACUAUUGGACUCAUCUUCCGUGCUGGGAGUAAUGCUGGGAGUAAUGCUGGGAGUAAUGCUGGGAGUAAUGCUGGGAGUAAUGCUGAGAGUAAUGAUAUCAUGGUCCUAUGGGCGCCCUUUCUUUUGUUACAUCUUGGUGGACCGGACACCAUUACUUCCUUCUCUCUGGAGGAUAAUGAGUUCUGGAUCAGGCACUUGCUUCAGCUCAUGAUACAGCUUGGUGCGACUGUCAUAGUUAUCAUUCAGUCAGUCAGAUAUGACAUGCUUUUGCUUCCAACUCUCCUGGUGUUCAUUGUAGGAGUAAUCAAAUAUGCAGAGCGGAACUAUGCUUUUUAUCGUGCAAGCUUUGACCAUUAUGGAGAUAAGAUUCCAAAUGUUUCCUUUCUAGAAAAAACUGCAACUGAACCUGAGACCGAGGGCCGCUUUCUUGGAAUCAUGUUACGAAGGGAAUUGGGACCUUAUGGCACUCUCAAGAAUCUACUUGUUGGGCCUCUUCUAUCUCUAGAUCGGCGCAACUUGAGCAGAAGAGCCUUUCUUAAAAUACCGUCAACUGAGUCAAGAAAAGUCCUCAAUAUAAUGGAGAUUGAGCUAAGCCUCUUGUAUGAAACUCUUUACACCAAGUUGCCUGUGGUUCAUUGGAAGAUUGGAUAUGUUUGCCGGAUCAUUUAUUUGGGUUGCUCCUUCGGAGCCUUGAUGUCAUUCAUGUCAAUUACAAAGAAAAAGUACUACGAGUUGGGGAAAUUAGAUGUCUGGAUAACCUAUAGUUUGUUGAUUUCGGCCAUAGCUUUGGAGUUCAUAUCCAUCGGACUGCUUUUUUUUUCAGAUUUUAAUUUUCUGGAUCACUACUAUUGGGAAGGUAAUCGAGAGAUCAAAUUUCUGUACUGGAAAGUGGAGUUUGAUAAUAUGAGUGGAGUCAAGAACCGACGUAGGAUUAUUAAUUUCAAGGUUCGAAAUUUAGGAGAUCUGGAAUGGCGCUUCAUUUUUGAUGAACUGACAACGAAGGCUCAAGAAGCAAAGACGGUAGAAGAUGGCAAACGAAUUUGUCUACAAAAAGGUGAUGGAAUUCUUGAUAAAAAUGGGAAUCUCUUCUGGAGCGUCAAGGAGUUGGAUUACACAGAAAGCCUCCUAACAUGGCACAUAGCCACCGAAGUCUGCUUCCUAGGAGAUCGGGAUGCUGCAUCUGACAAUAAGGAUUGUAGAGCAAUAUCUAAAGGACUCUCUGAUUAUAUGUUCUACCUUCUAGCGAUGGAGCCCGCUAUGAUGGCCACCGUGUCCAUUGAUCGGAAAGAGGUGUGCAGACUAGCAUAUAACGAUUUAAAUUCUUUGUUCACUGGACAGCCCAAUUUGGAUGUGCAUAGUCUCGCAGAAACCAUCUUUAACGAGGAGCCCCCACCGACCCACGUCUUGAAAAUUCAUGGUUAUGAAAGAACAUCCGUUAUGCUUGGUGCAAGGAAGCUUGCCCAUGGGCUGAAGGAUCAGAACAGCGGCUUUCAGUGGGAUUUAAUUCGCAAAGUUUGGGUUGAAUUGAUGUGCUAUGCUGCUACUAAUUGUAGGCCAAGUGUGCAUGCACAGCAAACAAGUAAAGGUGGACAGCUCCUCACUUUUGUUUGGUUGUUGAUGAAUCAUUUGGGCCUGGGAACUCAAUUUUCAACUGAACAACUUUCACAGACGGGGGGGACUGAACUCGGGCAAGACCAGCCAUAACAGAAGGAUUGAAUCUUCUGAAGAUAGAUUAAUUCAGUUGUGUUCCUCUUUACAGUUUUAGCUAAAUAUACAAGUAUCUGAUGGCUUCUCCAAGGAGUUACGUGGACAGGUGGAUGGUAGCCUUCUUGAUUCUUGAGGAUAGUAGAUAAAGCUCGAAGAUGUCACCUUUCAUCCCAAAAGACGAGUGGCGAAAAGGAUCUUAGGUUAUCUAUUUUCUACUAUAGUUAACAUUAAAUUAAUAUAGAGUUUUUUUUUUU